AUGCCAACCGACAGUGCCGCUUCCUUGUCAUCGUCAAACCGGAGUUCAUCGCCGUUCAGCCAUGCGCACCGGGCUCACCUUGCCAAUAGCGCGAAGCCCGGCUCUCCACGUCCCGCGCAGAGGCCGACGCGUCAAUCGAAUCGCGAGGACAGCACCGAAUCAGCCAGAAGGACGCCUGUGUCGACUUUGCUGCAGGAGAAGCUACAGACUCAGCGUCAGGUCGAGGGCCACAGGACCUCAGCAGCAGCGUCGAAUGCUUCGAAGUCCAGCAGCGACAUGACAACCUCGAUCGAUGCUAGUAGCUUGCACCAGACAUGCUCUAGUAAGUAUGCGGGGUCCGAUGCUGGACGUCAGCCAUUGCGUACGGACGGCGAAACGGGGCAGGGCAAGGGUCUGGCGUUGAAGGAGAUGGAGCACGUCGUCUCGGGGCUGCACAAGCAGAACUUUGACCUCAAGCUGGAGCUAUACCAUCGACGCGAAAGACAGACUGCCCUUGAAGAGCGAAUGGAGGCCCUGCAGGUGGAGAAGUCCGAGGUCGAGGAUAUGAACGACAGGCUCAUCUCAGAACUGGAGAAGAGAGACAAGGCUGUGGAAGAAGCCGUGGCCAUGAUCAUCAUGCUGGAAGAAAAGGUCGAUACUCUCACCAAGGAGCGGAACAUGGUUCGCCACGUCGAAGCACAGAGCUUGUUCAACGCGGCCUACCGCCCGGUUCCCGAGGAUCCCUCGUACAGAGCAGCGACACCCGAGCGACGCCCCGAGCCCGCAACGCUGCACAGAGUGCCGAGUUUCAUGUCAGACCGCAGUGAGGCAACAGAGAAUCUUCGCAAUGUAUACACUGGCGUGAGAGGCAGCGUCGUCAGCCUUGCUCGUGUCCCUGAGGGAACUUCUGAAUUGGGCGAUCCUGAUCUGGACAGUCCUUCGCUGAGUGUUCUGAGCAAGAGUUCGUUCGUCAGCGUAUACCCUUCGAACAAGAGGAAUGGGAACGCAGCAUAUCUGGCUGAUGGUUCGCCAUCUAUCAGAGGCCGGCUCGGCAGUGCUGGUCAGAUCCAACCUAUCACAAGUGUCAUCGAAGACAGUCCGUUGCAGCGCAUCGAGCGCAUGGAUCCUUCGUACUCGCCGCGGCGGGACUUGUCACGACAAUCGAGCUCUUCAAGACCAGCGACCGCCAUCGAACAACCUAAACUUCAGCGUAUGGCCAGUCGUCGGGUUCUCCGCGCCGAGAAGCGAGACAAUUUGGCUAAAGUCAAUACGGACGCACCAGGUGGCAACGGACUGAACGACCGUUCUAAUGAUCAUGUGAACGUUCCCAGCCGCAAUGAAGGGGUGUCCUUGAAGACUCAAGUUGGCAGCACACCUAUGCCAGCAGACGCCCCGACCAUAAGGAGGACCGAAACUCUGGGCAACAGCCUGAACCAGAUACCAAGGUCGAUCCCGCAAAGGCCUCGGUCAGCUGAUGAGUCCACAAUCUCUUAUCGAAGAGACAGGGAUUACGGGUUCGACACUGAAGACUCGGAGAUUGAUUCCUUCGCAUCGAAGCAGGAGAUGUGGGAGCGAGCGGGACAUGACAAGAGAGAGGAGCCAGACCUGUUUGGCUUUGCCUCAAACGGGACCGCAUGGGACCACAACGCUGGCUUGACAUAUACGAGUAGCAUCAGAGACCCGCUCUCCCUGAGCUUUGGCAUGGAAGGAGCUGUUGUUGGUCCCACCAGCGAUCAAUUGUAUGAUGCUAUCCCCGCAGAGGCCUUACCUGCGGCACAGCAGACGUCUCGAGCUGGGAUGAAACCGGGACUGAAACACGCACCUCAGCAGAGGGUCGCGAAGAGACAUGCUCAACGACAGCGACGCAACAGCGACAACGGGCAGAAUCGAGACAAUAUGAAGACACCUGUACAGCAGAACUUCACGCAACAGGUACCCGAUGCGGCGACGGGGCACAAUAAACAGUAUCCGCCGAUUACGACUCAACGAACCCGGGAUGCCGUGAAAGGCUUCUGGCGUCGGUCUUUUGGCGGAGGACCCCUUCCGCAGAACACUCCCUCAGCGUCAACGGCAACAGAUAGCCAGGACCAAGGAACUGCACCACGACCGGCUGCUGGAAAAGCGCAACCAGAACAGAACAUGGGUGACGACCCAAUGAACGACGCUCUGUCACGAGCAACACCAGCGCCUAUUGGCGACAAGCGUCCGAGUUGCAACAACGCCAACUACUUUACAAACAUCGACAGACCCACAACAGCCAUCACUGCCGUGUCAGCGCACACUGAAAAAGUGGUAGCGCAAGAGCCGGCAGCAGCAGGCGGUGGCAACCCGGGAAGGCAAAACAUCAUGAAUCAGAACAACGGCAUGGGGCAACUUUAUUCCUAUCCUAGUCUAGACCCAUUCCCAUUUAGCUUUGGUCCGGCCAACACCGAGACCACCAACGGCUUGCUCGAAAGCUGCAGGCGAAAGGUCAAGAUCCCACUGGUCGCAACCAGCGCAGCGGUCGACGACCUCAACUACGACAUCGCCCAGGGGGCCCUUGACGCGUAUAUGGUUGCCACAGUAUUGAGGUCGGCCGCUGUCGAACAGAGGAGCCGAUAUGGCGGUUAUGAGGGAGCCGUCUUGGUGGCUCUGGCCACAAGCUCCCAGCCCUGGAUGGAAGAAUGUGAGUUGCCCGGCGUUCAUGUGCCCUCUGGGGAUGGGGUUUGCCGCGGCCAGAGAGGCAAGAGCAAGCAGGAUAGGAAAUAG